AUGACCCUCAAGCCAUUCCUCACUGAGUACCAAACGGAUCAGCCCAUGGUGUUCUUUCUUGCAAGAGACUUGGAAACUGUGGUCAGGAAGCGACUGACGAAGUGUCUGAAGUGCUCGGUCUUGUCUUCAGCAAAAGGAGCCACUGGUCUGCUGAUGGUGGACAUAGAAAGCACGGAGAACCACACUCCACUUGAAAAGGUGGAUGUAGGCCAUGCUGCUGAACAGACUGUCCGGAAAACUAAAGCAAGCCAAAAGGACGUGAACCAGUUCCGCAUGGAAUGCAAACGCUUCUUGGUCAGUGUGACAAAGAAGGUGCUUGAGAGAAGUCCACUGAGAUUCCCAAUCGUGAGGAAUUUGUCCUCUCUGGACCCACGACAAAUGUGUACUAAACCAGAUGAGUGCCUGGCCAGCUUCAGAAGAAUGUUGGAUGCCCUCAUUACAGCGGGCAGAAUGUCUGAGCACCAAAGAGGCACUGUACUAGAGGAGUACACCGAGUUCCUGCAGGAAGAGAUGCAUAACCUGCGAAUGUUUGAGAAGAACGUAAACAGGUUGGACGAGUUCUUGACUGAGCUGAUGCAGUUUAAUUCAUCAUGUGGGGAACUGUGGAAGGUUGUCAAACUUUUGCUCGUGCUGAGCCACGGACAGGCCACUGUGGAGCGAGGGUUUAGCGUGAACCGCCAGGUUGCUGUAGAAAACCUGAAGGACCUGUCGUACAUUUCGCAACGUAUUGUGUGCGAUGCUGUGGACAAGGCAGGGGGCGUCCUUAAUGUCCCUAUUACAAAAGAGCUGAGGACUGCUGUAUCAGCUGCCCGGCAGCAGUAUGCUGCAUAUCUGGAAGCAGAAAAAAAGAAGCAAUGUGAUGAUGUAAGGGAAUCAAAGAGGCGCUGCAUUGACAAAGAGAUUGACGCAAUGAAAAAAAAGAAAAAGAAACUUGAGGCAACAAUAGCUGACCUCCAGGCUUCAGCGGAUACCUAUGCCGAAAAGGCAGAAGCAGCAAAUGAUCUGAAGUAUGUGGUCAGAUCAAAUAGUCUGAGGAAGGCUGCACGAAGCAAGACUGAGGAACUGUGUAGCCUCAACCAGAAGAUUCAGGAAAAGCGGCAGGAGCUCCCCUGA